GGAGGGCUGCGCCCUCGUGCUGUGGCGGCGCUGGACUUGGUGCUGGCGGAGGCGCCAUGGAGGCGGACGCAGCGCCGACCUCGGAGCGGGGCCCGGGCCCCGAGGAGGGCGCGCGGGCCCUGGCCGAGUUCGUGGCACUGCACGGCCCAGCGCUGCGCGCGUCCGGGGUCCCGGAGCGGUACUGGGGCCGCCUCCUGCACAAACUGGAGCACGAGGUUUUCGACGCGGGAGACAUGUUUGGGAUCAUGCAAGUGGAGGAAGUGGAGGAGGAGGAGGGUGAGGAGGAGGCCGCCCGAGAAGAACAGAGGAAGAAGCCCAACCCGGGCGGCGAGCUCUGCUACAAGGUCAUCGUGACCAAUGAGAACGGGCUGCAGGCGGCCAACCCCGACAGCAUCUUCCUCAUCGACCACGCCUGGACCUGCCGGGUGGCGCACGCCCGCCAGCAGCUGCACCGGGUGCCCGGCCUGCUGCACCGCAUGGCCAGCCUGAUGGGCGUCGAGUUCCACGGGGAGCUGCCCAGCGCCGAGGCCGUGGACCAGGUGCUGGAGGAGAUGUGGAAGUUCAACCAGACCUACCAGCUGUCCCACGGGACGGCGGAGGAGAAGGUGCCGGUGUGGUACAUCAUGGACGAGUUCGGCUCGCGCAUCCAGCACUCGGACACGCCCAGCUUCACCACCGCGCCUUUCUUCUACGCACCCCAGCAGGUGGCCUACACGCUGCUGUGGCCCCUGAGGGACCUGGACACGGGAGAGGAGGUGACCCGGGACUUCGCCUACGGAGAGGCAGACCCCCUGGUCCGGAGGUGCCGGCUCCUGCCCUGGGCGCCCGCCGACCUGCUGGGCCUCAGCUCCUGCACGCCCGAGCCGCCCGCCGAGCACUACCAGGCCAUUUUGGAGGAAAACAAGGAGAAGCUGCCUGUGGCCGUCAACCCAGUGGCGCGUCCCCGUGACCACAUCUUCAAGGUCUGCACGGAUGUGCGGCAGGUGCUUAGCCACCUCACCCACCCCCGCUUCGCCUUCACGCAGAGCGAGGCGGACGCCGACAUCCUCUACAGCUUCUCACACUUCAAGGACUACAGGAGGCUCAGCCAGGAGAGGCCGCACGUGCUGCUGAACCAGUUCCCCUGCGAGAGCCUGCUCACGGUGAAGGACUGCCUGGCCUCCGUCGCGCGCCGGGCGGGGGGCCCCGAGGGCCCGGCCUGGCUGCCCCGCACCUUCAACCUGCACACCGAGCUGCCCCAGUUUGUCAGCUACUUCCAGCAGCGGGAGAGACGGGGCGAGGACAACCACUGGAUCUGCAAGCCCUGGAACCUGGCGCGCAGCCUGGACACCCACAUCACCAAGAGCCUCUGCAGCGUCAUCCGGCACAGAGAGAGCAGCCCCAAGGUUGUGUCCAAGUACAUCGAAAGUCCUGUCUUGUUCCUGCGAGAAGACGUGGGGAGGGUCAAGUUCGACAUCCGCUACGUCGUGCUGCUGCGGUCGGUGAAGCCCCUGACACUGUUCGUCUAUGACGUGUUCUGGCUGCGCUUCUCCAACCGGCCCUUCGCCCUCGACGACCUGGAUGACUACGAGAAACAUUUCACUGUCAUGAACUACGACCCAGAAGUGGUGCUGAAGCAGGUGCACUACGAUGAGUUCAUUCCCGAGUUCGAGAAGCAGUAUCCAGAAUUCCCCUGGCAGAGCGUCCAGGCCAAGAUCUUCCAGGCCUUCAGGGAGCUGUUCCAGGUGGCCUGUGCCAAGCCGCCGCCCCUUGGUCUCUGCGACCACCCCUCGUCCCGGGCCAUGUACGCCAUCGACCUCAUGCUGAAGUGGGACAGCCGUCCGGAUGGAAAGCGAGUGAUGCAGCCACAGAUCCUGGAGGUGAACUUCAACCCGGACUGCGAGCGAGCCUGCCGGUACCACCCGACCUUCUUCAACGACGUCUUCAGCACCUUGUACCUGGACGAGCCCAGCGACUGCCACGUCACCCGCCUGCUGUAGGCGCUCGGCCCUCCUGCUCCUUCUCGCACUGGGUUCCAGCCUCUGGGCUGCUCCUGCGACGCCCCCUCCACCUCUCCCCUCCCUCUGGGCACAGGCGGGCCAUGUCCCAGCUCCACCCUGGGGCACAGGGCCCUACGCGCCCCCCGCAGGCCGGGAGCAGGGCCAUCACACACCCUCUGCACUGGCCGUGCGGCAGUUCCUCUCAACACAGCCCGCUGUGUUCCCUGGGGUGUCAGCAAAAGGAGUUUGGGGGGCGUGGCGAGGUGUCCUCCGGGAGCCCAGGCGUGAACAGGGCCAGGCCGGCUCUCAUGCACCGUGGCCCUUGCUCCUCCCCCAGGGCCCCGUGUGACAGGCGCCCCCAGAACGCACUGGGGAGCCUGCCUGCCAGACGUGGCCUCCAACCCCACCCCGACCCCAGCUCAGUCAGAACCUUCACCAGCAAACCUGUGAGUUCUGGGGCAGCAGAUCGCUGCCUCUUGUUUCUGAUGCCUUGCCAUUUAGCCAGGGCUCCCUGUCCUGGUCCCUGGGGUCCCUGGCACUCCCUGGUUCCACCCUGGUCUGAGUUUGGGUGGCGCUUUGUCAAGGGGACCAGCAUGGGCGCCAGAGCACCAGGCAGCGGAGGCUUUGGGAGAUGCUCCCACCAAGGACUUCACGUCACUCCCACUGGGGCCUGGAGUCCAAGUGCUGGUUUACUGUUACUCUUUCAUUUAAGGGAAGAAAGUAGAACAUCUCGUUCUUACUGUUGUUUCUGAAACUCGGAGUCACUGUGCUGUGCGGCCACAGUGCGCCGGGCCCUGCUCCCGGGGUGGUGGCCCGGUGGCUCCCCGUGCAGAGGGGGCUUCCACGCCGGCGUCGCUGUGUCUGUGUUGAGGGUGGGGGUGCUCGUAGCAUUCCGAAGCCAAGAGCAGUCCCUGUAGCAAAACUGGACCAGACUGUGGCUCCCGUCUCCGAGUGGUGGUGUCUGUCUGUCCGUCCUUUCUGUUGACGAGAACCUCAGCACUUCAGUCAAGCAGAGGUACAGCAGGCGGGACACCUCAUCUCAGCCGCUGGCGUUCUGUCCCCUCAACUGGAUUUGUACCACAAUAGAGUCUGCCUUCUGCACUUGGGCCUCCCUGUGUAGGGGGCACCAGAAACCACCAGGCAGGCAUGCUGUCCGCCGCCUGCCCUCUGGUUACAAAGAAAACCAGAGCGUGGAGAUGUAAGACACAAGAAGAAAUCAGAUGGUGUCCUGGCCGGGCAGCCCUGCUGGUUAGCACAUUCUCCAGAUGUGCCAAGGUCGUGGGUUCGAUCCCCGGUCAGGGCACAGGCAGGAAUCAACCAAUAAAGGCAUCAUAAGUUGAGGGGCAAAUCGAUGUUUCUCUUAAAUCAAUAAAUUUAAGAAAUUGAGGAAACAGAAAAAGCAGCUGGUGUUCGGGGCUCCAAGGCCCCAUCCUGGGGGCUGGUGUGUCUGCAGAUUUGGUGUCUGAUGAGGGUCCACUUCCUGGUUCACGUGCA